AUGGAACGUCAACAGAACCGCUUAUUUGUACCAUACAAAGCACUCGGUGAGGUUUGUUCAUCUGUUCCACCUGCUUUCCGGGUACUUCCAAGGAAACGAAACGAAAGUUAUGUUAUCUGUGCUGUCGGCAAUGUUGUGAUACAGUACCUUUGCGAAAAUUUACGUGUGAUAUCCGUGAGCAAUGUUCUGCCAGCUCAAAUCAACAUAGUUGCUGCCGAUUCUCGCUAUAUUUACGCCGCCAUUGGCACAAGAAUAGCCAUUUUAUAUUUAGCCAGGCAAGUUAAACGAUGGUUAGAGGUACCUAAUAUUGUACGUUGGCUUCUUCCGUUUGGCGACGUUCUGGUGGUUGUGGACACGGAAAAUUCGAUCCAUGUGGUGGAUGUUGAAACUGGUGACGAAUUGGUGUUGAUUGAAACAUCCGGACAGUUCGAUUGUUCAGCAAUUACUCAUCCAGCUACUUAUCUUAACAAAGUGCUGCUGGGAUCCAGACAAGGGACAUUACGUAUUAUUAAUAUCAAAACUGGCAAACUAAUUCAUGAAUUUGGGAAAUUGUUCGAAUCGGAAAUAGCAGUUCUGGAACAAUCACCAGCCAUAGAUAUCGUCGCUGUUGGAUUAAGAAAUGGUCAGAUUAUACUGCAUAACAUUAAAUUUGACGAAACAUUACAAAUGUACAUGCAGGAUGCACCAGUAACAUCAAUUGCGUUUAGAACAGAUGGUGAAGAGACAAUGACUACAGCAUCAGAGAAUGGAACACUGGCAAUCUGGAAUUUAAACAAACGUUCCCUAGUGGGACAGUUGCCUGAUGCGCAUCGUGGCUCCAUCACGGGUAUAUAUUACAUUAAUGGAGAACCGUUGAUGAUUUCAGCAGGAGUUGAUAAUACUUUAAAAACAUGGAUUAACGACAUGGGUGAUGGCAUGCCGAGGCAAUUGGUUUUGCGCGAUGGACAUCAGAAACCAGUUACCGCGGCAAAAUUUAUUGAUAGCGAAAUUAUUCUUUCAUCUGGUUUGGAUGGUUCUGUAAGGGCAUUCUCUGUAUCACGUGACACACACAGACAGAAAUUAGGAAAUGCUGGUACUAUGUCCAGAAUGAAAGCAAAGAAGAAGAAGCGUGAUAUUGAGAGUAUUAAGUUGAAGCCAGUGAUUGAAAUGGAUGUGGGAUUAGCGAGGGAAGCAGCUUGGGACAACGUUAUGUGCCGUCAUAUUGAUACAGCCCCGGUGACGACAUGGACCACAAGAAAACAAACUCUUGGAACAUAUCGCUUGCUUCAUAAGAGGUUCGUGACUAAACCACAUCUCGUAUUUGCUUGCGCAUCAGCGAUAUGUAUCUCAUCUUGUGGUAAUUUCGGUUUAGUUGGAUACACAACUGGCCACAUUGACUGCUUCAAUUUGCAAAGUGGACAUCACAAGAAAACUUUCCUUUGCAGUAAAAAAGACGAAAAAGCUCACCAGUCUGCCGUUCGAGGACUGGCACUUGACAUACUCAAUAGGCAGCUGGUAAGUGAUGAUUUUGGUUAUUACUGGUGUAGUUUUACCAAAAACUGA